CAUCGUCGCCUGGGCCACUCAACUGGGCUCGAUAACUUUCUUCGGCCCCAAGUAGAAUGAUCCGCAAAAAGACAACAACAGCCAGCUGCACCGCGUUUCAUUUCCUGAGCCAUUUAGUUAGCAGGUUAUAGUGUACGUCACCUCCGUUCUACAUGCUCAUCCUCCUUCCAGAGAAAACCCGUCUUCUCCAAUGGCGUCGUCGUCUUCGUCUUCUUCUUCUUCGUCUCUAGGUAAUACUGUAAUGCAGAAGCAGUUGCUUGAUGCAGCGUCCUCUGGAGACCUUCUGCUGUUAAAGAAGCUGGUGAAUGAGCUUGAGGUCAAAGGUGGUUUGGCUGAAACAAUUGCGAGUAUAAGGAACAAUGGUGGCUCAACCACUCUUCAUGUGGCGGCGGUGGCAGGAAAAACUCACGUCUGCAAGUUUCUUGUAGAGGAGGUAAAACUCGACGUCGAUCUGAAGAAUGACAUAUCAGAUGAGAAUCCUUUACACUCUGCAUGCUUUAACGAUCACUAUCUCACUGCUGAAUAUCUUGUUGAGAAUUGUGCAAAUUUGAAUGCUAUGGCUGUCCAUUGGCGUAAGCGGACUCCUUUGCACUGCGCUGCAGAAAGAGGAUCCAAAAGACUUAUAAAGUUGUUGGUGUCAAAAGGUGCUGACCUGAAUGCAGUAGCUGAGUUUGGCACACCUCUGCUAGUUGCAGCUCUUAGGAGCAAUAAAGAUUGUAUUGAUAUUUUGUUAGAUAACCAUGUUGAUCCAAAUGUGAUCGACCAUGAUUUGUUUUCCCCAUUGACGGCAUCUAUUGGAGCUCAAUCGAUUGAAUGCGUGAAACUCCUGCUAGGGGCAGGAGCUGAUCCAAACAUAAGUUGUCUGCUUGGAAUGACACCUUUGGGAUUUGCAGCUUCAAGAGGAUCGACUGAAAUUAUUCAAUGUCUGUUGAAUGCUGGUGCUGAUCCAAAUGUCACUGAUAAUUUAUCAGGAGUGAAACCAGUUGAAGAAGCAGCAUUUAAACAUAACCAUGAGGCUGUUAUGAUUCUUCUUCCUUUGACUUCUCCCAUUCCAACUAUAUCUGACUGGAGCUAUGCUGGAAUACUGAGGCAUGCUUGCUCUAAAGAGGCUAUAGAAUUGAGAAGGCAGCACUGUAAGAAAGAUAUGUUGUUUUCAAAAUCCAAGGCAGAAGAGCAUUUCAACAUGAAGGAUUAUCUGGGUGCAUUUUAUUGGUACUCAAAGGUGCAUGUUGCAGAUCCUUAUGAUGUAGAUGUACUAUCCAACCGCAGCCUUUGUGGGAUCGAAUGUGGAUAUGGAGAGGCUGCAUUAGAAGAUGCUUUAAUUUGCAUCAUGCUAAGACCUGACUGGCCAAAGGCUCACUACUGUGCGGGUGUGGCAUUUAUAACAUUGGGAGAUUUUGAGAAAGCUGCUGAUGCCUUUUAUGAUGCGUGGAAGUUAGAUCUUGAAGACAAGGAUCUGGAAAGAGCUUUUUGUUUCGCAAUGGAAAUGAAUGCCAAACAUGACACGAUGCACAGCUCAGAACUUGAAAAUUGUUUAGCUAAUGUUCGAAUUACACCAUAGUUUCAAAUGGAACAAGAAUGGAGGAGAAAUACUUGUUUGUGGUAUAUUUUGGUUACAAGUUGUCUCUGUAAGGAAGUCUGCUGUUCCUGAAUGGUAUAUUACUAGGGAUAUCUUUCUUGGAUGGACUUGGUUUUGUAUUUGGCUGUAAGGAAGACCUUUUUGUUGUCGAUUUUCUCCCACAUUUUCACAGGUUUGGUUCUUUCUCAUCCUCUUAUUAUUUCUUUCAUAUUCACGUGUUAUCUUAUUUCUUAUGAAUUAAACUUUUACAAUAAAAUGAUUCACCUGAAAACUCAUCUCACAAUAUUCUCACAAUUGUAUUUAGUAGUGAUAAUCUUUUUGUUCACUGCUAUAUGGUAAUGUCUUUCCUUUUUGCUGUUUUUUGCCUGAUCCCAAUGAUCUUUAUUUCUUCCUUGAUGGUGCAGCAGCGUAUGAGUUGAAGUAAUUAAAAUAGUUCUUGAUUC